AUGUUCGCUGACUUCGUCAUUUUUGACUCUGUAAUCAACCAAGUCGCUAAGAUGUAUGAGGCUUAUGCUGCUAAUGAAGUGGCUAUGAAACUUCCGUUGGAAGUCACAUCGCUUACUUGCCAAAGCUCAACCGGCAAUGUCCUCGCUGGCAGUAAAGUGGGGCAGCUAUUCGUCUACAGUCCUAGACGUGCUAAUCGUCGCGGUUUUGACCUCGACAACCUAUGCAAGCAGUUUGAGAGGAAAGCUGUUUUGGAGUUGAAAGUAUGUGAAGAACAAGAUUUGCUGUUUUGUGUUUCUGACGGUCAGAUGGCUGCUCACUCGCUGAGGGACCGACAUUAUCCCGUCAUCAAUAUUCUUCAUAAAAUAAAGCCUGUACAAUGCUUUACCACUUGGUAUCGUAAGGACGAAGAUAUGAUGCACAUUUUCGUCUCAUCGAAAAAACGACUGUAUCUAUUCAAGUGGUCUGACAAUGACUUUCACGAAGUCCGGUUCGAGUACAAUCAAUCGUUCACGGAUAAGCCAGGAACUUUGAAAGUUGUUGAUGACACAGUAUUCCUGAGUUGCGGUCGCGAAUACAUUCUUAUGAAGCUAACUGAUAAAAGCAAUGAUGAGGAGAAGCUCUUACUCGGUGAAUGUCGCCGUCUUUUUGACUUUGGCGAUAAUGCCGGAAUUGUGGAAAUAUGGGAUCGAGACCUUCUCGGAUUUUUUCAUGGCGACACACUUGUUAUCACCAAUUUCGACGGUCAUAAAACUUCCAUGGCGGAUAUACGUUUCAGCGAUGUUUUAACCGAUAUAGUGUAUGACCCACCUUACCUUGUUGGGUUAUUGCCAAGAGGAAGAGUUGAGGUUAGAUCAUUAACCCCAUCUUAUCUCAUACAAAGCAUGGCUCUCAGCAAAGCCUCGUUGCUCUGCAAGGGAAAUCCUGGCUACAUCUUUGUCAGCAGUCCAUUCGAUGUCUGGAUGCUUGAUGUUCAUACAAAUAUCCGCAGGAAUGUCUCACUGCUUAUUGCUGACAAGCAGUUUGAGCUAGCUAUCCAGAUUGUGGAAAUGUCAAACAUCUUCACAGAGGAGAAUAAGGUCGAAAUCAAACGCCAAGCAGCGCUGAAUCUCUUUCACAGAAGGAAGUUCGAGGAGUCUUUCCAGCUAUAUGCUGAUAUCAAAACAGAUGUCAUCACCAUCAUCCAAAUGUUCCCUGAGUUUCUGCCAGAGAAGUUGCAGAAAGACGCUGCUGCCUUUGAUUUGCCGGCAAAUGACAAGAAACGCGCAUUGUUAGCACUGGGCAACUAUCUUUCUGCGGUGAGAGCGGAUCUUUCCAAGCAACUGGACCAAUAUAAUCGCGAGAGGCAUCAUAGCCAAGCUAACAUAAGUCCAGAGCAUGUGAAAAGUUUACACAUUUCCUUGCAAGUGAUAGACACAGCGCUAUUGAAGUGUUACCUGCAGACUAGACCGUCACUUGUGGACUCGUUGCUUCGAUUGCACAACAACUCUUGCUUUUUCGAAGACGCCGAGUCCAUACUAAAGGCGGAAAAUCGACUCCCUUCUUUGUUUAUUCUAUACGAGUCGAGGAAAAAGCAUGAAAUGGCACUUGAGCUACUCCGCACCCAGUUUCAAGAUCCGGAGUCUGAUCCUUUUUUCCACGGACUAGAUCAAAUGGUAGCUUAUCUCCAGACUUUGGGCAAUACCCAUCUGGAACUGAUAUUCAAGUAUACUAGAUGGAUCUUAGAUAAGAACGUGGCGGCUGGCUUAGAAGUUUUCACUGGGGAAGAAUCGGACCUGGCACGAAAUCUCGACCGACAAGCUGUUCUAGUAUUUUUACGUACGCAUUGUGUUGCUGCUGUGAUUCCUUACCUGGAACACAUAAUCUACAAAUGGGACGAAACGCGACCGCAGUUUCAUGAAGCUCUCGUUGAGCACUACAUUGUCCGAGUAAAAUUGUUGUUCAAGGACUAUGUGCAGGCUUAUCCUGAUGAUGAAAACAUAAUAAGAGCCGGAGAUGAAGAUGGAGAGCUGGGAGAGAUGCGACGACGACUGCUGAAGUUUUUACGAUUUUCAUUGUACUAUAGUCCACAAGCUGUGAUCUUGCAGCUUAGUAAUUGUGCUUUUUAUGAAGAACGAGCGUUGGUUCUUGGACGAUUGAAACAUCAUGAGCAGGCUUUGGCCAUCUAUACAUCUAUUCUAAAUGAUUUUGAUGCUGCAGAAGAGUAUUGCCAAAUAUACUAUGACCGUAGCGAUGAGACCAACUCACAGGUUUACUUGCUUCUUUUUCGUGCUUUUGUUUGCCCUCUCGAUCCUAUGAUUGCUGGUCUUUUGGAAAAAGAUCUUCCAACUCCGGAACCUGAUGUACAUAGUGCUGUUAAAGUUCUAAGCAGACACGCAGAUAAAAUUGAUACAGUUGCCGCUUUGUCGAUAAUUCCUAAUGACACACCAUUAUGCACUUUGUCCAAAGCGCUUCAUGCUGUCCUACAGGCUACGCAUGACGACGCAUGUGCUUUGGCUCUGCGCCGUUCUGUGUGCCUAUGUGGUGUAGAAUCCCAUGAAGAACGACUGCGACAAGUUUUGAAGCAGCGAAUUGUAAUUGGAAAUUCGAGCGAAUGUUCGAAAUGUGGCAAGAAAAUUGGAAAUAGCGCUUUCCAACGACACCGACGAAUGUAUUGUGAUUGUGCGGCUCCAAUUUUUGUACCAGAAAGCAUAGACGGGAUGCCUCCUUCAUUGGGCCCGAUAUCACUAUUGCCAUCUUCCCAAGAGUCCAAGUAUGAGGAGUAUUUUUUGCCAAAGGUAUCAAACCAAUCCACCGUAUCGCGGCGUCAUAUAUGUUAUUUGCUCAUUUCUCUAGGAAUUUUUGCCUUUUUGCUCAAAAUAUUGAUAUACAACCAGCCUACAACCAAAUAUGACAGAAAAAGUGAUCCAGAAUUGCUGCAAUAUAUCUAUACUUCAUCAGCAGCACGACGGUUACCUAAAUCUGGCCAGCUGUUUUGUUGGGUGCAAACGGCAAAAAUUUACCAUGACACGAGAGCCUUGGCCAUCAAUGAAACUUGGCUUUCUCGUUGUGAUCAUGGAGAACUGUUCACCGGGGACUUUUUUCCCUCCGAUGAUAUCCCAUAUUCCACGGUAUUCGCUGGCAUACCCGACUCCUACUAUAAUUUGUUCUACAAAAGCCGUUAUGCAUUCUACUAUAUCUACCAUUUUGUUUCUAAGAAUUUUGACUGGUACCUGAAGGCUGAUGACGACACCUAUGUGAUAGUGGAACAUCUUAAAGAGUAUUUAUCAACUCUUGAUCCAAAUAAACCUUACUACCUUGGUUACGUACUUAAACCUUACCUAGAACAUGGCUACAACGCUGGUGGAGCUGGUUACGUGCUUUCCAGAGCGGCUGUAAAGAUUUUCAACGAUCUCCUCUAUCAUAAUGAGGAAUUAUGCCCGGAUAAUAUCUACGAAGAUGUUGGGAUGGGAAAAUGCCUUGGAAAUGUUGGAAUUUUCCCGCAUGACACUCGAAAUAGUCGGGGACAAAAUCGUUUCAAUACUCAUACACCGAGUGACAUGUUCCAUGCAAGAAAGUAUAGCCCUCUUUGGACAUUUUUUGAGGAGAAGAAGGGCUAUGAAGCGUUUGCCAAUGACGUCAUCAGUUUCCAUCAUUUAACACCCGAUGAAAUGCGUACCUUUGACAUACUUCUGUACAGGACAAACAAACCAUCUAGGAAUUUCUUGCGGAAGUCAUAAUAUUCAAGUUUGGGAUAGCUUAAUUAUGUAAAAUUCUGUAGAUAUUUGAGUAUCUAAGUACAUUCUCUAGCUUUAAUAUGAUGGUAGUGUAUUUUGGGUAAGGCAAGCCUUUUCAAUCCCCUCUCUUUUUACGUUUUUGCAUAUCUACGAGUUCCAUGAUCUGCUGAUAUCUAUACUUUGAUUAUGCUAGACACUCGAUUAUGUUCUUAACUCAGGAACGAAUACCCUGCUCUUUCUAGGAUCUCACGAAUAUUGUGUCAAUAUUUUUGUGUAUCCAUUGGUUCCUGCUUUCCAACGGGUCUAAUGAAUGAAAAUGAAAAAUUAGCUCUUUUAUGAUAUAAUUGCGCCUGUGAUAUGAUUCUGUUGUUGUGUAACUCAUUUCUUGUGAAUUUCAAACGUGC